AUGGCGCCCCCAUGCCCCUCUGCAGCCUCCUAUACAGGAACCACCAAACUAUCGGUUAUCAGGGCCGACAUCAAGAAACUCACCCCCACGAUGGUUACAAAGCAGGACCUCCAGGAGCUGUCUACAACCCCUCAAGACGCUAUUAAUAUGGCUGUCUCCAUGCUGAGAGUGGAGAUGACGGCCCAAGAUGCACAGAUCCAGGUUCUGGAGACACACUCCCAAGCCUCAUCUGCGCAAUUACGGGCCACUGACCUGGCUCUGGCGCGGCAGUGA